CAAAGAUUAUGUAGACAUACCGACAAAGGCGCUCUCGUGUCAUUCUAACCUUGCCAUUCUGACGGACGAAACGGCUUUGGUAACCGUCUGUACUCAUCGACAAGGGUUGUUGCCUAACAAAAGGAAAAGAGUGGAAGAUUUCGGAAAACAUUAAACGAAAAUUGUCUUUCCCUGGCAUUUACGUCAACAAAAGCUUCCAGUGAUUAACUGCCGAGAGUCAUGUCCGUGGGGUGUCGUGUUGUCCGGGGUCCUGACUGGACAUACGGCAACCAGGAUGGUGGAGAGGGUCAUUUAGGCAUUGUGGUGGAAAUAGGUAAGCCCGGAAGUACAAAUCUGCCAGAGAAAACUGCUGCUGUAAUUUGGGACUCCGGAGGAAGAGGGACAUACCGUGCAGGGCAGAACGGAGCGUGUGACCUACGUAUUUUUGACAAUGCAACCACAGGUGUCAAUCACCCAAACAUCGUCUGUGGUUCGUGUGGGGAACCGGUCAUCCAUGGAAUGAGAUGGCACUGUACGGUCUGCACCGACUCGCAUCUGUGUACCAUUUGCUACAUGGCCGACAAGCAUGACCUGACUCACCCUUUCCGGAGGUUUGACACAGCCUCUUCUGAAGGAGAAGCUGUGCCUAAAAGGGAAGGCUGUACAGAGAUACAGGCUAAAGGCAUCUUUCCAGGGGCCAAGGUCGUCAGAGGUCCAGAUUGGGAAUGGGGAGACCAAGACGGUGGCAUAGGUAACAUAGGACAAGUGACAAGUGUAGGGUGUUGGGCCAGGGGGCUGACGUCCGUGAGGAGUGCUGUGAAGGUGAAGUGGCCUUCAGGAUCCACUUACGGAUACAGAGUUGGCCACGAGGGCAAAGUGGACCUGGUAUACACUGAGGAAGAAUCGGGGGGGUCUUACUACAAAGACCAUCUACCUGUGCUAGAUCACACGGCAGAAGUAGCCCCGUCUAGUGGAAUACCACGGGAGUUUAAGGUCGGUGAAAAGGUCAAAGUUGAACUGGGUAAGGACCGUUUCCAAUCUAUGCAAGAAGGUCACGGUGCCUGGAAUCCAAGGAUGGCUAGUUACAUUGGUAAGAUAGGCACUGUUCAUGAUGUGAGCACUCAAGGGGAUGUUAUAGUGCGUUAUGAGGGACUAACCAGAUGGUGGUUGCAUCCAGAAACUUUGACAAAGGUGCAGUCGUUCUCCGUGAAUGACGUGGUUCGCAUAUUAGAUGAUGUGGAGAAAGUGAAGAACGAACAGGAGGGCCAUGGAGGAUGGAUUGAAGUGAUGAGAUCAACAUUGAACAAGGAGGGGCGCGUGGUAAAAGUGUAUGACACAGGUGACCUCCGUGUCAAGGUUCAAGGACAAGUGUGGACCUUCAACCCGUCAUGCUGCAUUCUGGUGCGACCAGGCGCCGAGGAAAUCAACAAUACCUUAGGCGGCAACGACGACGACGACGACGACGACGACGACGAUACAGGUGCACUGAAAACAAUACUGAAGGUCAUGAAAAGCGUUUUCACAACGCUUGCACCUGCUCCGGAGCGGCUAGUAAAAGAGGCUGCUAAAGGUAACACAGAGGCCGUCCGUGAGUUCGUCGCCAAGUUCCCUGAAAACGUGGAUCAGACGAGUUCCAAUCUGACUGCUCUACAGGUGGCCUGUCAUGAGGGUCACAUGGACAUCGUUCAGAUAUUGUUGACGGCUGGUGCUAAGACGAACGUGCAAGACCAAGACGGGGAUACGCCUCUCCACCUUUCCGCCUACAAAAAUUUCUCAGAAAUAGUGGAGCUUCUACUCAAAAAGGGCGCUGAUGUCAAUGUCCAAAACAAGAGACACGCCACUGCUCUCCACAUGGCAGUCAACAAAAAACACCCACAGUGUGUGAAAGUUCUAUUAAAACAUAAGUGCAAUGCCAACAUUCAGGAUACUUAUGGCGAUACAGCACUUCACGAUGCCAUCGGGAGAGAGAACGACGAGAUCAUAGAACUGCUCGUGAACUAUCCAGGAAUCGACUUCACCAUCCAAAACAACAGAGGAUUUAAUCCUCUACACCAAGCAGCAUUGAAGGGGAGUAACUUAGCAACAAAGGAGAUCCUGAAAAAAAGUCGGCAAAUUGUUGACGUCAAGAAAGAAGAUGGGUUUACUGCCCUGCAUCUGGCUGCUUUUAAUGACCACAAAGAAAUCUGUGAGACGUUGCUCACCGUAGGUCAAGCGGACAUCAACAGCCGAAAUAACCAACGAGCUACACCACUCUUGUUGGCCGUGUCUCAAGGAUACUCUGAUGUUGUAACACUUCUUGUUAGCAAAGGCGCUGACUUGACUGCUGAAGAUCAAGACGGUGACACUUGUUUACACAUGGCCCUAAUGAGGCACCACUUUACCACGGAGAUUGAAACAGCCAUACCCAUACUCAAAGCAAUCCGAACUGAGCUGAACAUGACCCAGAAUGAGAGUCAGACUGGAGCUGAUAUCGCCUGUUACCUGGUACAGCAUGGGGCCAGCCUCACACACCGUAACCACCAGGGCAAGACCCCCAUGGACUUGAUCAACGACCCACGCAUAAGAGACGCAAUACGCCGCUCUGCUGAAUCUUGUCACAAAAAGUAAAAGUGGUGUCGUCUGGCCACAAUGCGAUUGAGAGUCUGUAGGACUCCAUAUGUUUUUAUACGUACACUAUUACAUUGAUGGCUCUCCUUCGAUUCUCACACGAUGCCAUGAUAAUUAUUGAAGAUAUGAGUUUCGACUUUGAAAGAUCAUCAUUAAAGGGUAAUAGGCAUGCUUUGAUUUUUGUCAUACUUACACAUUAUAUCAGCGAAGUGUUAAUUGGUUACUUAAUUGACACUUAAUUGGUUGUGGUCAUAUUUACAUAGCAUAUAUACCGUGGAAUAUUUUAAUCAUUCUGUAUUUAUCUAGAAUACCAGAAAUGGUUUAUGAUCAUGCUUGCACAUGUGGUGUCAUGCAUGCACAUGCUAAUUGAAAAGUGUCAUGUGCAUGCAUUGCUAGUGGCUUUGUCUAU